AUUUUUUAUUGUAAUCUCAAACCCCAAAACAACCAAACAAAAUGAGUUCUGCUGAAUACUAUCCAUUCAAGUGCACCCCCACUGUCUACCCUGCCGAUCCCUUUGAUCCCGUCGAAGAUGCCGCCAUUUUGCGCAAAGCCAUGAAAGGCUUCGGCACCGACGAGAAGGCCAUCAUUGAAGUUUUGGCCCGUCGCGGUAUCGUACAACGUUUGGAAAUUGCCGAAGCUUUCAAAACCUCCUAUGGCAAAGAUUUAAUUUCCGAAUUGAAAUCGGAAUUGGGUGGUAAAUUUGAAGAUGUCAUUGUUGCCCUGAUGACACCUUUGCCCCAGUUCUAUGCCAAUGAAUUGCAUGAUGCCAUUUCCGGUUUGGGUACCGACGAAGAGGCUAUCAUUGAGAUUUUGUGCACAUUGUCGAAUUUCGGCAUCAAGACAAUUGCUCAAUUCUAUGAGCAAAGUUUCAACAAAUCUUUGGAAUCCGAUUUGAAGGGUGAUACCUCGGGACAUUUCAAGCGUUUGUGUGUCUCCUUGGUACAGGGUAACCGUGAUGAAAAUCAAGGUGUAGAUGAAGCCGCCGCCGUUGCUGAUGCCACCGCUCUGCACGAAGCCGGUGAAGGCCAAUGGGGCACCGAUGAAUCUGUUUUCAAUUCCAUUUUAGUUACCCGCUCCUACCAACAAUUGCGUCAAAUUUUCUUGGAAUAUGAAAAUUUGGCCGGCCAUGAUAUUGAAAAGGCCAUUAAACGUGAAUUCAGCGGUGCCGUUGAAAAGGGCUUCUUGGCCAUUGUACGUUGCUGCAAAUCAAAGGUCGACUACUUUGCCGAACGUUUGUACGACAGCAUGCAUGGUUUGGGCACAAAAGAUAAGACUUUAAUUCGCAUUAUUGUCAGCCGUUCGGAAAUCGAUUUGGGUGACAUCAAAGAAGCAUUCCAAAAUAAAUAUGGCAAAAGUUUGGAAUCUUGGAUUAAGGAGGAUUUGGAAAGUGAAAUUGGUUAUUUGUUGGCUACCAUGGUGGCUUGGUAAACCAAAAAAACAAUAGCAACUUCUAAAA